AUGGCCUCUCGCAGCAGCACCUCCUCUCCAGAUCCCUUGGGAUACCCAGGCGAUCCGGAAUAUCUCCUCUCGUCCGCCAAAAAGCCGUUCUCUCAACGAAUCAUGUCACCGCAAAAGCGCGGAACCCCACGACGUGGACGACCACCGCUACAUCAAAAGAGCUACCAGUCUCCAAAGAAAAGUGUGAAGAAAAACGGCCAAACGAUACGAUUAGAAGAUAUUAUACUGCCUUCCACGCCAUCGGGAAAUUCGAGAGCGACGCGUUUCGACCGGAGAUCGCUGUCCCCAACCAAGGCUAUCCUGCAGUCAGACGGUAACAUUAGUCCAUGGCGCAUACGAGUCACUGUUGAGGCUGAACAAGAAGACGAAGAAGAGGGGGGGCAGGCCAUGAAGCAAAAGCGACUCGGGCCAUGGGUUGACGGUAAGACAGUGAAGGUACCAUUGAAGGGGACUUCUUCGACGGAACCAACACCGAAGAGGCGCCGGCGACGAAAGAGCAGGACUGACAUCACAGAAAGACCUCCUACACCGGGGCCUAAAAAGGGCGAUAUGCCUACAGAAGCAGCCUCGGCGACAAUUGAGAAGGGACAAAUGACUGGGGUUCAAGAGAACACAGAGGCGGUAGAGGAUGUUAUAUCCAGCGUGGAGGAUAAUGCUCUUCCACAGGAUUUGGACGAACCGACUCAGGGUUUUGGAGAUGUUUUUUUGGAUCUGGCGGCAGAUGGAGAUACAGAUGAUGGUGAUGAUGGCGGCAGUGAUGCUUUGAUGGGUGAUCACGUUGAAAUGAACGCUGGGCCACGGCAGCCUUCAACAAACGAAACUGGGAUCACACCAUUAGACAGAAGGAAAGAUCUAAUGUCGCUGGAAAAUUCCAAGGUUUCCUCUAUUCGGACAGCUCUAUCUCCUAUCAACGUUACGAACGCUGGUCGUACGCCCCGGCCGAAGCGAAUAUAUCCAACUCCAACCUCAUCUUCUUUGAUAGACGAAACGCUGGAAAAGCCCGCCAACCAUGUCGCUGAGACAGAUCCAACAGACGAGCAUCGCGAGUUUGACUCAAUCAUGGAAAGCGAGGGAUUCAGCAUGGUCUCGCUCAAUACCUUACCCUCAGCCAGGCAGCGACUGCGCCAAAUAGUUGAAAACCAGGCCAGCCGUACUAGGACACCAAAAUCCCAUGCAACACCCCGGGCAUUGCAGCAAAUUUCCCCGAAACCCACCUCAACGACUGCAUUAUCGCCUAACAUUUCCGCUACCCAGUCAUCUUCUAAACGUCCACAUAGCCAAUUAUACGAAGCUAUCUCGUCUCUCCAACAAUCAUCCCCCAGAGAUAUGACCUCAAGACUUCAUCGCACACCACGGCUCAACAACCCUCGUUCCGUAACUCGACCUCCCCCUGCCCCUGCUGCUGCACCUGAAAUUAUACCCCCCAAAAGGCGGCCCUUGGCUCAAUUAUGUCGCGUAAUACGGGCUGGAAUUGCUCUCCAUGGCCUCCUGGAUCGCAGGCGACAAAGUAGUAACCUCCAAACCCCGUUUUCAAGCCCUAACACGGACUCUGCCGACGAUAUGGCGGCUACACGGCGGAGACUGGACCAUCUAUUCCAAGAUUUCAAUAUGGAGACACGGCGAGAACUGCGCGCAGGGGUCAGGUUUGGAGAAGAGCUUGUAAAAAGACUUCGUCAGCCAAACGGAAAGCGGCGAGAGCUAUCCGUAACGCGGGAAAGCACAAGGCUACAGGAGAUAACAUCUAUGCGGCCAAGCCAGAACGUGGUUUACUCGGAGUUAGGAGGCGCAUCUCAGGGAUUCCAGCCAGCGACAGUACCUGCCCCUGAAAAUCGGGAAGAAGAGAUUAAGGAUGAUCCACGCCAGGAGCCUUAUCCAGCAGAGGAAAAUCCCGAAGAUGCUUCAAUGGACUCACUAAUGGCUAGACGUGAAGCUGAAUGGCGGCGUGAAAGAGAAGCUAUCAGCCGUCAGAUAGAAAUGGCCAAUGAGAGCCAAGUCAUUGUUAUUGAUAGCGAUGACGGAUUGAGGCAACCGGCGGCUCGCCCAGGGGUGAUGGACAAUCACAAGGAGAACAAUCCUCAGCAGCGAAAUGAACGAGACCUGGUUAACAGUCAAGAUGAUACGGAGAAUGAGAAGGAGGAUGAGGUAGAGGAGGUUUACGACGGGGAUGAGACUGACAUUUGGCAGCAAGCGGCUCGUGAACCUGAAGCUCGAAUUGACUCCCCAUCCUUAUCUGAUACUGCGCGCAAAGAGUUACCUCAACACCGCAAGCUUGGCUUCCCAAGCCCUCGGGCUGGGACGGAAGAAGAGGCUUAUAGCGCAACUGAUGAUUACGAAAGCGUCGCUCUUCCAGACCUCUCUGCUGGCGGAGACGCUUUCCCCAAAUUGGCUGUUGGCAAGUCGAAGAUGGAUCAGUACAGGGAUACGGAUGCAUCCUUGUCACCAUUGCUCGGGACACCAGACAGCGCCACCAUUCGAUUUUAUGAGGGGAAUUUCAAGCGGUCUAGCGUGGGGAAUUCACAACAUCACCACUCGCAGGAAAUGUUGGAAAGCCUGCCUCGGCGUAAUAACCGUAGUUUUGACGAGCCAGCAGGGUCACAAAACAGCCACCCCAAAGGGGACCAAGAGAAAUCUAUGCCGGGAGAGGAUGGAGGAGUUAUUGACAAUCCUCUCAAUACCCUACCCGAAGGUCAGUCUAGCAUCACUCCAGUACCACUGCGCAACCAGGACGAGGUAUUACAAGGUGCGAAUAUCGUCCAGGAGGAAGCUCUUUCUGAAAGCGACGUUUAUGUGGAAGUGCACGAAGAAGAAGGUUCGGAAAACGACCCUGCUGAAAGUGACAUCACCAAUCCGUCUAUUCCAGACCCCCCAGAGCAGACAUCCACGGUGACAUGGUUCAACAAAUUGACGAGCAACCUUGCACCAGCAUGGCUAACAAGCACCCCUGCUCCAACAAAAUCUUCGAAACAGAGGCCGACCGUAAGAGUUAAGCAAGACGUUGGCUCGAUUUCUAAUUCUGAGAUCGCUGUCCCUGCUACACAGCCCUCUGCCAGGAGUCAGGAUUGGGGUCGUACGAAAGGCAAAAUUCCUGAUAGACACUCCUUUGUUAAACCACUCGCGAUUUCCGGAUACUUUACUGAUGACCACUAUGUCGAACUUCGCGAAAUUUAUCGAGAAGCGAAGAUGCGACCGGAGAAGUUCAAAUACUAUCCUACCGAUGAACGGGAUGAGAUGGUUGGGCAGUGGAUGUGGUCCGCGGACGGCCAGCACCGUCGCCAGGUCACAGAGAUCCAACUGAUGAUUGUUGAACGAUUUCGCCAGAACUUAAUCGAGGACGAUCUCCGACAUGGAGGAGAUGGAGAGAUGGAAUGGAGUGAAGAAGAUAUCUUGUGGAGAUUAUUCAGUAUUAUUGUUGGAGAGCAGAUACGGAAGCAGAGAAAGGAGCAGCAACAACGCCUCCAGCUGCAUCACUGA